AUGGAUGAUAAAGAAGACAUAAGCAGUCUUGUUUCUGAUCUUUCAGAUCUUGAAGUUGCACUUCUACUAUCUCUUGCUGUUCAUGAACAUUGUCUCAUUGAGACGACCAACGACUGCAUCCAUGACGUUGCGAAAGAACUGGCGCUGUUGUCAAUCCAUCUCAAUACCACGGAGCCAAGGGAUCGUACGAGGUCGCCUGGUUUCCGCAACCUCUUCGGGGACAAGAAAGUCGUCGACAUCGUCAUCGCCAAGAACUUCAAUUAUGUUGACGAGGAUAUACAACUUCAUGCUCUGGAGGUAGGAUUUCUUGACCAUCACGACGAUGCUUUGCUUAAACAUCGCCAGUUGAUGCGCUCCAAACGGUUGAACACAAAUCAUGGCCCAAUUGAAGCUCCGCCUGACUUCCUCUUCGUCCCUCUUGUAGUGCGCAGCUCGGACCAGCUUCACCCUCGGUUGAAUCAUCAUCUGAAUGACCAUCUUAUCCUCUCUCACUAUCAUGACCCUACGGACGGCUAUGUUCACCUAGAAGAAAAUACCGACUGGCUCUCAGAUGGACAGUUGUCAACCUCGUCUGUGGUCCGUAAAUCGGAUGCUCAGCUAAAGAAUCAGAAUCCAGCAGUUGACCAGAACUUACUUGACAAAAUAGAACACCUAAGCGCAUCGGUCUCAGUGGGUGCAGACAUAAUACGGUAUCAGCAAGAUAUUGUUGUAUUCUUGCGACUAAGCCGCGCUGUUGCUGGGGGCAUCACAGCACGAUCAAACAUGCAGUUUACGAAACUCUCGAAACUACUCGCAACAUUACACGGAAUUGACUAUUUGACACCCUCGAUUGUGGCUUUGGCGGCAAGAAAAGCCUUCCGCCAUCGGAUCGUCUUAGCAAAACCUGAAGAUGAUAGAAGUUUGCAAUACGGGAGCGACAUACAGGCCUUGACUAAAGUCCUUGCUCAAGCCAGUCCGGAUUCCAUACUGGACGGUGUUCUUGCACUGGAGCCUCCAUUAUGA